AUGGCGCGCAAACGCACAAAGAAGCGCACGCAUGUCGGCGCCAACAACCCCGAGACGGCGUCGGCCGGCCACGCCACCGCGCGCGACCCCAAGAGCAUGGUGAUCCGCAUCGGCGCCGGCGAGGUCGGCUCGAGCAUCAGCCAGCUCGCCACCGACGUGCGCCGUGUCAUGGAGCCCGGCACCGCCAGCAGGCUCAAGGAGCGCCGCGGCAACAAGCUCAAGGACUACGUCGUCAUGUGCGGUCCCCUUGGCAUCACCCACCUGCUGCUCUUCUCGCGCUCCGAGAGCGGCAACACCAACAUGCGCCUCGCCCUCGCCCCGCGCGGCCCGACGAUGCACUUUCGCGUCGAGCAGUACUCGCUGUGCAAGGACGUCCAGAAGGUCCAGAGGCACCCGCGCGGCGGCGGCAAGGAGUUUCUCACGCCCCCUCUGCUCGUCAUGAACAACUUCACCUCCCCCGACGCCGACGCCAAGUCCAAGGUCCCAAAGCACCUCGAGUCCCUUGCCACCACUGCCUUUCGAUCCCUCUUCCCGCCCGUCAACCCCCAGGUCACCCCCCUCAAGUCGAUCCGUCGCGUCCUGCUGUUGAACCGCGAAAAGUCGCCCGAGGACGACGGCACUUUCAUCGUCAACUUCAGGCACUACGCCAUCACGACGCGAUCCGCGGGCGUCUCGAAGCCCCUGCGCCGCAUCAAAAACGCCGAAAAGUUCCUCGCCACCAAGUCCAGCCGCCAGAGCAAGAUGCCCAACCUGGGCAAGCUGGAGGACAUUGCCGACUACAUGAUUGGCGGCGACGAAGGCGAGGGCUACAUCUCGGACGCCACGAGCGGCAGCGAGGUCGAGACGGACGCCGAAGUGGAGGUGCUCGACAACGCGCCCCGCCGGGUCCUGUCCACCAAGGCCAGGCUGGCGGCCGAGCAGAGCGGCGAGGCCGGGCCCGAGGACGAGGAGGAGGAUCACGUGGAGCGCCGCGCCGUCAAGCUGGUCGAGCUGGGCCCGCGCAUGCGGCUGCGCCUGACCAAGGUUGAGGAAGGCCUGUGCGCCGGCAAGAUCAUGUGGCACGAGUAUGUGCACAAGAGCAAGGAGGAGAUCAAGGAGCUCGAGCGGCGGUGGGAGAAGCGCCGCCAGGAGAAGGAGGCCCGGCGCAAGGAGCAAAAGGCCAACGUGGAGAAGAAGAAGGCGGCAAAGGCGGCCAACAAGAAGAGCGGCGACGCCGAGGACGAGGAUGACGACGAGGACGACGAGGACGAAUACUACAGCGACAUGGACGUUGAUGAAUUCGACAGCGAGGGCCUCGCCGGGGACGCCGAGUACCAGGUCAACGAAAAGGCCGAGCAAGACGGCGAGUGGGAAGACGAGGAGGCGGAGAUUGGCAAGGACAUUUAA